AAGUGCUUGGAAAAUAGACAUAGCAUGAUCAAAUUAGAAAGUUUCGUUGUUAGUGAAUUUUACGCUUCGCAGAAGCUUAACAAAAUAUACAACAGCAACAGAAGAUCAACAAAAAAACGUUCGUUAUCAAAUCGAAGGAAAAAAGAAAAACAAUUGCUCUUAUUCAGAAAUAUUUUGUAGAAGGAAAUUCCAAACUGCAACAACACUACGCAUUUUCAGCACUCCCAUUGUCAUAGUGGCUCUAGACAUAAUUAGAUGAUCGUUUGAUUUGGGGGAUAGAAAAAAAUGUCCGAUUCGGAACCUGUCAGUUUGGAAUUCAUAGAAGAUCCGUAUAUACCUCGCCUCGAAGAUGCAACACCGUCUUUGGAUUAUGGUGCCAACUGUGAUUGGAAUCAUCAGCCGUCGUCGUCAUCGUCCACGUUUGCUGACGAUGAAACCGAUUUGUAUUUACGCAAUCUAACAUUAGAUCAAAUAUUCUACGAUGUCGAUUCCGACUAUAGCAAUCAAUUGGAAUUGCAAACGGUGGAAACGGAAUUCAUCAUUUCCAAAAUAGCCAAUCAAAGUCCCUCGAUGUCGAUAGCCAAACGUUUUCGUUUGAAAUUUUUCACAACCAAACGAACAAUGCGUGAUGUUAAAGUGACCUUUGUGGAUUUUUCCAAACCCUAUAUAGCAAAAAUUUCAAGUAGUGAAAAUUAUAAAAAGUUCCUUAACAUUGGAUCUCCAUCAGCAGCAGCCUCAGCAAUAAAUGCCAAAGAUAAUACUGGAAAUACUUCACCUGCAGCAUCCGUUGCCUCAGCUGAUAUUGCUGCUGAAUUUGCCGCACUAACAGUCGAAGAACAAGAGAGACAAAGAGCUGAAUGGAGUCAGGAAUUGGCUCGUGUUGAAGAAGAAAUCAAUACCUUACGCACUGUAUUGUCUUCAAAGAUGCGCCAUGCUUCUGACCUUAAACGUAAGCUGGGAAUUACCGUUUGGAAGGAAAUUACCGAUGAUAUGAAUCAGGGCAUCAAAUCGGUCAAAGAGAGCUCAGUUUUUCAAUCAGUUGAACAAAGUGUUGGUAAUUUCACAAAAGCAGUACAUGAUGCACCCAUUUUCCAACGUACUGAGUCUGUUUUGAAGACCACUUCGGAGAAAACAGCAUCGGUGUUUGGCAGCAUCACCAGCGGCAUUACUUCGAAAUUUUCACAAAUGAAAAAUUCCGAAUCGAUGAGAUCGAUCGAAGAAAAAGUUGGCUCAGCCUACGAGAAUGUUAAAGUAAGCUAUGAACACAACAAUUUUUUGUGCCAAUCUCAUGCGACAAAAGUAUCCACUUCUCGUUCUGGAUCGGUUAGCAGUUUCCCAGAUGCUUUGAAUGAAAACAACUCACCUACCGGUGGAUUAAACUCACCUUAAAAACAACAAAGACCUAUAGAUUUGGAGAUCGGUGAAAUGUCUUAUAUAAGUUCAAAAUAGUAUACACAAUAUUGCAAAAAUGAAAAACAACAAUCAAAAAUAAAGAAAACAACAAAAUAACAGAAAGAAAGCUUGGCUUUGAGAGUGUGUGCAAGCGGGAAGGAAACCACCACCAAUCAUGCACGCUCAAAUGCAAUAUAACAUCAAAUUCAAUCAAUGUUAAGAACAAUAACAUCCUUAUUUAUUAAUAAUAUUUAACUUUUAUAGACAUUUUGCAUAUUGUGUAGACUUUUUAUGAUAAACAAAAAACGAUACAACAACAAAAAGAAUGCUUUAAAACUAUUCAAUAAAAUAUUCCUUUAAAUAAUUUUGCUUACUUGAUUAAGUUUCACAUUACCAUACAUACCAUAUGGAACACUUAAAAAAGCUCUAUUUCCCUAAUUACAAAUAAUACACACACAACAGUGUUUUAUAAAUGAUUAUUCCUGUACAUCAAUCAUUCGCUGUUAUACUCUGAUGUCUUGUUACUGUGUCACUGUGAAAGAAAACUAACAACAACACAAAUGUAUUAAAUAUUUGCCCACAAAAUUUUGUAAUAUUUAAAGAAGCAAGACUCUAGCUUCCUGUUUUUUGGAAUACUGUAUUUCCUACACAUAUUUUUGUUUGUUUAUAAUGCGCCCAUUCAAUUGCCUUUGAAUAUUACAUUUUCAUGCUUAUUUACUAUAUUAAUAUGUGUAUGUCUAUUUCUACUAUUAAAUAAAAAUGUAUUUAUACGUAAAAAAUAUAA